AUGCAUAUAGCACAAGACCUUGAAGUCCAAGGCUCGGAAUGGCCACCGAGCCGUCCCACAAUUGUGGAUGAAACAAGUCGGGAGCAACCCCACAUCCCCAAUGUUAACACAAAUAAGUGUACUAAGAAAAAGAAUAAGAAAAACACGCGCGCCAAUGUCAAAAUAGCCUCUCUUAACAUGCGAGGAAGAUGGCACCAAAGCUCAGACAAGUGGUCACAUCUGAAUCAAAUCGUCAGAGAACAAAAAAUAGGCAUCAUCGCCUUACAAGAAACGCACCUCUCCAAAGCUGAUGAGGACGCCCUCAAUCAAGUAUCAGGCUCAAGACUCCAUAUUAUCUUGUCUAUUGACCCCGAUCAAAUGAACGCCAAAGGCAUAGCCAUAGUCCUAAACAAGAACAUCAUGGACACAUCCCAUGUUAAAACAAUCGAACUGAUUCAAGGGAGAGCGAUACUAUGCACCAUAAAAUGGCACAAUGAGCACAAACUAACGAUCUUAACGAUCUAUGCACCUAAUGACCCGACCGAUAACCAACGCUUCUGGGAGGAAAUUGCCCAGUCAAUAAAAGACCAUCCACGCCCAGACAUUAUGUUGGGCGACUUCAAUCUUGUAGAGGAUCCUCUGGACCGCCUCCCACCAAGGCAAGACACAUUCAACGCUACUAGCGCCUUAACGGAUCUCAAACUAUACCUUGGCUUAAGGGACGAGUGGGAUAUCUCACCUUCGGGCAUACCAACAGACCACCAAAUGGUCUCUACAAAACUCUCGGAUAAGAGACUGCCCUACAUCGGCAAAGGUAGAUGGGCUAUGCCACUUCAUGUCCUCAAGGACAAAAAGCUAGGAGAAGACAUCCUAAAACUUGGGAAGGAAUUACAUGCCAACAUCAGUAACUCCAAAACUGACCGCUCUGAAGAAUACAACCCACAGACCAUGUUCAAAGAAUUCAAAACGAAGGCAAUAAAGCUCUGUAGAGACACAGCUAAGAGAUCGGUUCCAUCACAAAUCAACAAACUGAACACUCAGCUCAAAAUGUCCCUCAACGACACAACUAUUCCAGAGGAGGAGCGUCGCAUAAUAGGAUCCCACAUCCAGGAGAAAAUUGACUCCUUAACUAGAAUCCAGCAUGAGAAAGCCAGGGACAACCUAAUGGCCAAAAUAAGAAUAGAAAGUGAAUCGGCUACAAGCAAAUUCUGGGCAAGACUAGGUAAGAACCAGAAACCCAGAGACACGAUCAUAGAAUUAAGAAAACUAGACUCAACAAUAGAGGAGCCAUCAUAUGAGAAAUGA